CUUGUUAGUACCUACAUGUGUAAGACUACAGACUUUAAGUGGGCAUGUCGUGUCGUGUUCACCACGAUAUCAAGUGAUGAACGUAAUUUAUUUAUUUACCUUUCUCCUUCCAGGUGGAUCCUCCCAUUGUUGGUCUUCUCUAGCGUGUCUCCAGCACCACAGGACAACAGUGAUAUCACAUACGUAAAGAUACAGCCACUACCUGGUGACCCGCUACUACUAAACCACUCCUCCAGAGGAUCGCGAAUACAAAUUCUACCAUUAUCCAUAGGUGGCAACACUCAACACAAUCCACCAACCAAUAAAGCUAAUGAAGCAAUAAUAAAUGAUAACAACCAAUUUCUCAAUCCAACUGAUGAGAUCGCCACAAACGCGGACGUCCGAAUUGUCAGUGACGUUUUUAAAAGACAAACAAUUAAUAUAACAGCAGAACCUGAAAGUGUACAGACUUAUAACCAUUCUGCCAACAAUACAGAUGUUAAGGCACCAAAAUCACUUUUAGAUCAAUCUAUAGACGCUGCGAUUAUCAACAAAUUCAACAGAAUAGCAUCUGGUGGUCCAAUUAAAGUUACAUCAAACCUAUCGGAGAGUAAUCACGAUAAAAGAUUUGCCAGAAAUGAAGACUUUUCAACGGUCGCCUACGAUACAGAAAAUACAGAUGUUAGCGAAAGAGAAUCAGAAUUAGCAACAGUGGCGUACGAAGCCAGAACUAAAGCACCAAGAUUCAUUUCCAAGCUAAGUUACUUCCAUAAAACAACGGAUUUAAGUGGAUCCAACAAUUUGGUGGAAAGCGGGAACAAGAAGAGGUUUAGAUCGAGAUGUAGAUGCGAGAAGAUAUGGAAUUGUCCGAAGUUGCAGAUAACAGUGCCGAGGUGUCCCAAUGAAUAUUUUUUGUGUUGCUUUUGAGUUAUCAGGAGACAGAACUUAAAAAUGUUGCAAUGAAGCAUUCUAGUGAAGAUAAAUAUCGAUUUAAACGUUUUUCAAGGUUAUACACAUUAUAUACUAGAAUAUUUACCGUAAAAUUGUUAGUAUGUUGUGAGCUGCUAUAUAUUAGCUAAAUAUUCCCUUAAAACAAGUACUAAAAUACUCAAGAAAUUGGUCUAUUUUUAUUAAGAAACAUACCAUAAUUUGACUAUUAAUAUUGAUUUUUUUUUCAUACUACCAUCAUUAAUCAUAUAACAGUAGUUUGUAUGUAAGAUUUAAAAGUUAUUUUAAAUUGUUCACUUUGCUUCUUUAGGAAUGGCCAGGGGGGCACUUCAAUAUUCCAAUUUGUUUAUUUUGAGUCUUACUGUAAUGGCGUAAAGCUUAAAGUCGUACAGCAAAAUAAUUGAAGUAUGGAAAGUGGUGCCCUCUACAAGAUCCUAUAAAUACUUAAAACGCAUGAUUGGAAACUUUACUCCAGAGGGUAAAGUAAAUAUACCAAAAGACUACUCUAUGGCAAUGGCCAUGAGAGUAGUUUCUGGCUUGGCGUUUCGACUCUAUAUAGGUAUUUUUUUAAUUUAUUUUUCCACAGACUAAUGCUCCGCGAUUUAUAUUUUCUAGUUUAUUGCUCCUAUUGAUUUUAUUAUCUAUUUCAUUUAUUUUUACUAAGAACAUUUUCUGUCAUUAUGUUCACUUUAUAAAAAUUGCCUUUAUUUUGUUUCGGUUUUCUAUUUACUUUCAUUGAAUAUAAUGUGUACAUUGUCUUGAGGAUGUUACCAUGAGAGUUUUGUUUUAGACCCACCGACCUAAAUCUAAUUAAUCUUCUACAACAGAAUGUUUGAGUUUAUUUUUUAAAAUACAAUAUCAUUGACACUGGACAA